GACAUUCUCCGCAGACAGACAGAGACGUCAUCUGUCGGAGCCCUGCAGCAGCACAGUGAAGGUGUCAACAUGGCGUCGGGAUCAGCAGAGCAGUCCGGCGGACACGACGCGGAGCUGGACGAGCUGCUGGACAGUGCGCUGGAUGACUUCGACAAGGCGUCGGCUCCUCCAGCCGCUGAACCUGCAGCUGCUUCCUCCUCGGCCAGCAGUGGUGCAGAGAAGCCACCACUGCUUGAAGACUGCAAACUCUUCGAGACACUCUUCGAGGGUGACAUGGCUGCCCAAGCCAAGGAGGAGUGGGAGAAGGCCAUGACUGAGCUGGCCCACGAGGAGCCGGAGUUACUGCAGCACUUCCAAAAACUGUCAGAGGCUGCAGGCAAAGUUGGCACCGACACAGAAUCCCAACAAGAAUUCACGUCCUGUCUUAAAGAAACUCUCCGUGGCCUGGCCAAAAAUGCAGACAACCUGCAGACCUCAGGACUAGCUGGGGACGACCUUGUCAAGGCUCUAGAAGGCCUGGGAUUGGAAGAGGGCGGCGAAGCGGGCGGUGAAGACGGAAACAUACUGCCCAUCAUGCAGUCCAUCAUGCAGAACCUUCUCUCUAAGGAAGUGCUUUAUCCAUCUCUCAAAGAGAUCACUACUAAGUACCCAGAAUGGCUGGAUGCCAACAAGCCGACUCUCAGCCCGGAGGACUACCAGCGCUAUGAGAACCAGGCCAAAAUCAUGGGAGACAUCUGUAACCACUUUGAGAGGGAGGAACAGGGGGUAGGAGACAAAGAGAGCACGUUUGAGAGCAUCAUGGACCUGAUGCAAAAGCUGCAAGACCUCGGCCAACCACCCAAAGAGCUGGCAGGUGAUGCGCCUCCGGGCUUUAACUUCGACAUGGAGUCCCUCAAUCUCGGAGGAGGCGCCGCAGGUGCCGCGGCGGCAGAGCAGUGCUCCGUCAUGUGACGAGGUAGCGGCGCGGUCCAUCAGAAGCACUGAAGCCAGAGAGCGGUCACUCUUGUGUGCGUCAGUCGGCGACAGGCAGAGAAGUGAAAGAGUGUGAAAGCAACAGGUCAGACAGGAGUGUGACCGUCGACACUGUUCUCCUUCGAGUAGAAGGUGUGUGGAUGACAAAACAACACGGAGGAGGCAGGAAAAAAACAACAGAAACCACACACACACACAAACACACUCUCUUCUGUCUGGAAAUCACUGAACGCACCACUGAGAACAUCUCUGCGUUAGUUCGUCAACGGUUGCCACACCUCCUUCAUGGUUUAUUUUUUAACAGCAUUCCUUAAAAAAAAGAAAAUAGCACUGCCGUUCUUCAUGUUUUUACAAUGCUGUUUAGCCUCAUGGUCAGAUCUAUCAAUCCACUUCACGGGUGUAAACAGUGCCUUUGCAAUAAGACUUUUAAAUGAUUAUUUUAGGUCUCAUCAGAAGGUAACGACGUUGCUAUGAUUCAGCUAAGAACUUAAGAUUAUAGUUUUAAAACGGUGUGACUCUCCCAAGUUCGCGAUAAUUCUUUGGCACUUCAUCAAACAAGCACCUCUGUUUCUGUACAGGAUUUAAAUUAACGAGUUAAUGAAUUAUUAACGUGUAAUGAAACUGAAAAUGAAAUGACUGUACAUUUGUUAAUAAUUAAAAAGAAUUAAAAAGACUAGAGAUGAUUUGAGCGCUGUAAUCCAACCAGAUAAUUUAACGAAUAAUCCUCCCGAGUGAUGCCACCCCCCACCCACCAUUCCCAGGUGUCGAUUUGAAGUGAUUGAGAUAAUUCCCGGAUGCCUUUGCAGUGGUUACAGUGAUCAUUAUAGUGUAGAGUUACUGUGCAAAGUGAUUCCCUCGUGAUUCCCCGGUGUUUUUAACGUGCAGAGUGAUGCUUUCUUUGGACGAGGGGCUUCCUGCUAGGAAAGAAAAACACUUUCACGGCAGCGAUAACGUGUACAUAUAUCCUGCACCCUCCAUUAAAAGUACAUUAGGUUCUUUCCAGAAAAAGGUACCAAACACAUCACGCGUCUAUAAUUCGUCCAGAUUGCACAGUUGGGUAAGCAGCCUAACGUCGGCACAUUUGGGUUGAUGGGUUUGUUUACACCAGUGGUCAUUUCUCGCCAGUGGACUUCUGGAUUUCACCGCUGUGACCGCGGAGAGAGGUCUAGAAAUCAGCUCAUCAAUAACUGUAUAAUAAAGGGGUACUGUGAAAAGAUUCAGUCAGCCGUGCACUGAGGAGAGAGCAGAUUCACAUCAAACGCUGCUGUGGAGGUCCAUUUAAAAAAACAAAACAACAAAAAAAAGGCUUGUGGUUUUCAUUGGAUGGGUGCAAUCUAUUCAACUCUCAGGGCCGAUGCAGACAUGCCCAGAGCACUGUUUAAAACUAACAUGCAACCUGUUAUUUGACACUAUUUUCUUUUGGUUUGUAAAUAUAUGAAAUAAAAAUAACGAUACAAUGCAAA